AUGAUGGCCCAAAAUUUCCACCAUCCGUACACGCCAUACGACAUUCAACUGCAAUUUAUGCGGGCCUUGUACACCUGCCUGGAAGAGAGCAAGAUCGCCGUCUUUGAAUCCCCGACGGGGGACGAUGAGGAACCCGAGUGGAUGCUCGAGUUUGCCAAAAAGGAAUCCAGACGCGCUCUGACCGAGAAGAGACAAGAAUUUGAAGCGCGACUGGCAAAGAUUCGCCAAGAUGAAGAGCGUUUGAAACAGGCCCAGGAGAGCGUUGAGCGACCUCGAAAAAAGCAGCGGUUGGAGGAGCCAGCUUCAGAACCGACAGCCGACGAGGAUCAAUUUGUCCUCGAUGACUAUGACAGCGACACGGAGGGAACCGCCCAACCAAAAGAUUCUGACGGGCUCUCCGCCAGCACUCUAGCCCUGCUGCAAAAAUUUCAAGGGCAGUUCUCCGCGCCGAAGAAAGAGGAAGGGGAAGAGGAAGACGAAAUCAAGAUCUUCUUCUGUUCGAGAACGCAUUCGCAAUUGAGUCAAUUCGCCGGCGAGUUACGGCGCGUCACGUUCCCGUCCAGCCUUCCUAACGAUCUUGAUUCUGAGACCCAGGAACUCGAAGAGCGGGUCAAACACCUCUCACUGGGCUCGAGAAAGAACUUGUGCAUCAAUCCUCAAGUUCGCGCCUUGGGGAAUAAUACAGCUAUCAAUGAAAAGUGUCUAGAUCUACAGCAGCCCGGUGUGGCCGCUGACAAAAAGUGCAAAUUUAUCCCGUCCAAGGACGAUGAGGCUUUGGCACUCGAGUUCAGAGACCACACACUGGCUACAGUCAAAGAUAUUGAGGAUAUUGGCCAGGUGGGCAAAAAGCUUGGAAUAUGCCCUUAUUAUGCAUCACGCCCGGUGAUCAAGCACAGCGAGAUUGUGACACUUCCCUACCCCCUGUUAUUGCAGCGGUCGGCUCGGGAGGCCCUGAACCUUUCUGUCAAAGGUCACAUUGUCAUCAUUGACGAGGCGCACAACCUUAUGGAUGCCAUAGCCGGGAUCCAUUCGGUGGCAGUAUCACUGGGUCAACUACAGACGGCCGUGAUGCAGCUAACGACGUACGCUCGCAAGUUCAAAAAUCGGCUCAAAGGGAAAAAUCGCAAUUAUGUUGCGCAGGUCAUCCGCCUCGUGAGCUCCAUUGCGGAGCAUUUGAAGUCAAUCUCCCAGCAGAAGGGACCACUCGAAGGCUCCCUGCAAGCAUCAGAUCUCAUGUCGGGCAAGGGCAUAGACCAGAUCAAUCCAUACAAACUAUCGCGGUAUCUGCAAGAGAGCAAACUUGCCCGGAAGGUCGACGGAUACCUUGAAUCAUCUCAACAGCCACAGCCCGGUCGUUCUAGAGACAGAACCACCGUGCCGGUUUUGUUUCAUAUCCAAAGUUUCCUGCUUCCCUUGAUGAACCCAUCCGAGGAGGGACGACUUUUCUUUCAAAAGAGCCCUGACGAUAUCGUUCUAAAAUACAUGCUUUUAGAUCCUACUAAUCACUUUCGAGAAAUCGCAGAAGAUGCCCGCGCUGUGAUUCUAGCGGGCGGUACCAUGUCCCCUAUGUCGGAUUACGUGAACCAUUUGUUCUCCUACCUACCCUCCGAACGACUCGGUACCUUCAGCUACGGCCAUGUGAUUCCCAAAACCAACUUGGUCGCACAGUCCUUAACCCAAGGCCUCAUGGGGAACGAUUUUGACUUUACUUACGAGUCACGAAGUUCCGAAAAGAUGAUCAUCGACCUUGGGCGGACGAUGGCAACCUUCUGCCAAGUCAUCCCCGACGGCGUCGUCGCAUUCUUCCCCAGCUAUGACUAUCUCAGCCAUGUGCUGAGUGUCUGGAAAAAAGUAAAUGCGAGUGGUCAGAGCACCUUUGACCUGCUGGCACGCAAGAAAAAGAUCCUGUACGACUCUCGAGAGGCAGUAACAUCGACCGAUGUCUUGCUGCAAGAGUACACCGAAGCUAUCGAGUCAGGGUCCGGUGCCCUGCUCCUGUCCAUCGUGGGCGGCAAACUUUCGGAGGGAAUCAACUUCUCUGACAGACUGGGUCGCGGCGUGUUCAUUGUCGGUCUGCCAUUCCCCAACAUCCGCAGCGCGAUCUGGCAGGCCAAGAUCCAGUACCUGGAGGAAAAGACCUACAAACAAACCACUGGCUCCGAAGCAGAAAGGAAGGCGGCGGGCAAGGCGGCCGGGAGAGACUUUUACGAGAAUUCGUGCAUGAGAGCGGUUAAUCAGUGUAUUGGGCGAGCAAUCCGACACGUCAAUGACUAUGCUGCUAUCAUCAUGAUCGAUCGUCGAUAUGAAUCUGCACGGAUUCAGGGGAAACUGCCCGGUUGGAUUCGCGGGAGCCUCGUUCCUGCACCUCCCACUCGAGCAGCUCAAACUACCGUGCAAAGACUUACCAAAUUCUUUGCUGAGAAAGGGUUUCAAGAACAAAGUAAAUGA